AUGACGGCCCUGAAUGGCAAGGUCGCACUUGAUAAACUGCUAUUUAGAGCAGUUGUGACAGAAGACAACCUCAAAUGGACCGAAGAUCACCAAGCCACCUCCCUGCCUGUGUCGCAAAUGUCUUUGUACGCCACAGAAACCAUGAUGUAUUUUUCCACCUUGGUCUUUGCCAUGCUCUGGGUUAUCAAAGGAGCAGGAGAGCAGCUCCAGACACCCCAGGGAGCCUCCACUCCGUGUGAGCACUGCUGGCCCCACAGAGCGGCGCCCCAACCCCCAGCCCUCCACCUCUCGUCCACACAGCAGGAGGAGACGGAGGGAGCGGGAGAGCAGUUCCAGCCAUCCCAGGGCACCUCCAUGAAGAAGACGACGUGUGAGCACUACUGGCCCCACAGAGCGAAGCCCCCACCCACAGCCCUCCACGUCUGGUUUACACAACAGGCGGAGACGGAGGGAGCGGGAGAGCAGCUCCAGGGACCCGGAGGAGCCUCCACGAAGAAGACGGCGUGUGAGCACUGCUGGCCCCACAGAGGAGAGCCCCGACCCCCAGUGGUGGAGACUGAUUCCGGAGUCCUCCAGGUGCACGUAGACUUUCCGCCUCACCACCGUGGUCUGCCACUCACUGUUUUUAGUGCAGCGGUGGACAUGUUUAUGUCGUGGUUGACGGAGUCUCCAUACAACGUGGAGAUGUGA